AUGACUUCGGUCAAACCAAAGAAGCAGUAUCGCCGGUACACAAACCGCGACCGUAAGUGCCUCUUAGCCCACUUUCAUGCCUUACCACUACAGGACGAAGCUAAGUUCUACGUCGACAUGCAAAUCGCACGCUCCACAUGGCGUGGUUGGCGCAACAAUGAGCAUGCUAUCCUUCGCAGCAAACGGCAUGGUUCCAAGGGCUCUCUGGGAGAUCAGGGACGCAAAAUCAUCAUUCCGUUCAAGGAUGCCCUCCUUGCCUACAUCGACGAGCGCAGAGACGAAGAAAAGUUU